AUGACUUCGCUCACGACACCCCGCGUUCCUAUCCCCGCCAAUGGUGUCGACUACCGUGGCAAAGUAGUCCUGGCACCGAUGGUGCGUUCGGGAGAGCUGCCUUCGCGUCUUCUCGCUCUCAAAUAUGGUGCGGAUCUUGUUUGGGGCCCUGAAACGAUAGACCGAUCGCUCAUCGGAGCUACCCGCCGAGUGAAUCCUCGCAACGGAUGCAUCGAAUAUAUCAGAUUCCCCUCGAACGGUGGCCGCCCAGACAAACCUGCUCAGGAGUCCAUUCUGUACCGGAUUGACCCCGUGCGGGAGAAGGGAAAAUUGGUGUUUCAAAUCGGUUCUGCAAACCCGGAGCUGGCCGUCGAAGCAGCAAAACUGGUCGCAGGCGACGUUGCGGGGAUCGAUUUGAACUCCGGAUGUCCCAAACCUUUCAGUACGAGUGGUGGAAUGGGAGCAGCACUCCUACGGACCCCCGACAAGCUCGUCUCUAUCCUUGAAUCGCUUGUGCGAGAAGUCGGAAAUCCUUAUCAGAUCGGCAUCUCGGUCAAGAUCCGUAUCCUGGAGACACCGGAGAAGACAGAAAGCCUUGUCAAGAGACUCGUUGCCACAGGUAUCACAGGCUUGACUGUCCAUUGCCGCACGACACCGAUGCGACCUCGCGAACGCGCCAUCCGUGACCAGCUGGCGAUGAUUGCGCGAAUCUGUCGCGAGGCUGGUGUUGCAUGCGUCAUGAAUGGCGACGUCACCUCUCGGGACGAAGCGCUUGCGCUUAUGAAGGAAUUUGGAGUGGACGGGGCCAUGAUAGCGACAGCGGCCGAGGCGAACCCGUCAUGCUUCCGCUCCGAAGCAGAGGGUGGUCUACUCCCCUGGAGGGAGGUGGUCCACGACUAUCUUCAAGCCGCUAUUGAGUGCGAGAACCGCUUCGGCAACACCAAAUUCCUUCUGAACAUCCUCAUCCCCGGGAAGAACAGGGAAUUCAAAGAUGCAAAGACAGCAAAGUCUUAUUCCGACUACUGCCACUUCCUCAAAUUCGAUGACCUACUUCCGGGGGCCGCCCAAGUGGACAAGGUCCUCAAUCUCACCGACAAGUCCGUCUAUAAGAACAACGAAACGGAGGAUUCUGCUCGCGAUAUCGCCGUCAAAAACGCCCUCGAGAAUAACGAGACGGCUCGUGCGGCAAGCGGCGCGCCCAGACCCAAAGCAGCCUCACCAGCUGUGAACGGAGGAGGUCCCAUUCGCACCAGCUCCAUCCCGGCCCCGGUCAGGUCGAAGCCAGAAGAUCAUCCUAUCGACAUCAAUAUCCCAGCUCCAGAGAUGGCUCAAAAGCAGGAGCUUGCUGCAUGA